AAUUUUUCCUUCGUAUUGACGGGAUGCACGGUCAGCCAUCCCCAUCACGAGUUACAACGGACUGGGACACUUUAGAAGACUGUCAGCCCAUUUCCGAGCUUACUGAGGAUCCUGCCGACCAUCAUCAUCCACCAAUCCUUUACCCAUUCGGCAUCCUUGCAGCUGGACCCAGAACUCAUCAUCAUCAUCAUCAUCAUCAUCAUCACCUUUAUCAGUUACUGCUCAGCACUGACCGUAUUCCGCAUUCCUCCCAGGCUAUACGACCGAAUUAGUAAAAGCGUCUACAUAAUAAGGUGUCUACGCCAAGGUCACCAAGCCAGUGAAGAGUGGAAACCAAGUCAAUAGUCCGGCCAUGCUCCAUGCAAAGAUGGGGAUAAGUCCAUUUCGAGCUGCCUUCUUAGGUUAUCGGUCGACAGCGGCAGGAGUUCUCAAUUGAAAGUAUAAGCAGUCGCGACCCUCCAGGGGAUAUA